UCGAACAGACGUCCUUUGAUUUUACUGUGCGCUGUUUUUUUUCGCACUUGAAUUUUCUACAUCCCGUUUUUUAGAGAAAAUGAAAUUGUUCCUUCUAUUCAUCACCAUCAGUACAGUGCUUCCGAGUUUGGCAGAAGGAGCAUGUGUGUGUCCGGCUACUAGAAAAGUGAAAGACUCCAAUUGCACAACGGCUGAUGGAAUUCAUGCGAUUAAUUGUUUUUUGCGACUGGCGGACUACGUCGAAAAAAUGUAUGAGCUUGACAUGACUGAUAAGACCGAAGUUAAUGAGUUUGAAAAGUCUUGCACCUCUCUCACCUCUUGCCUGGAGACCAUACAAUGUGGCCUGGAAACCCAGUCCGACAAGAAAAAUGUCAAAAUGAUUAAAAACUAUUGUGAAGCAGUUGUCUAUGAUUCCAAAGAUUUUGCUGAGUGCUCCGAAAAACUUGAGAACGAGAAUUCCAUCUGCUACAAUAAUUGGAACCCCAAAAAUAUAUUCUAGAGAGAUUCUUUUUUUUCAGCAUUUCGUUGGAAUCAGCAACAUCAUAAUGAACUGCGACUUCAGCAAUAUUCAGAAAAAAUUGCCGCCAAUUGUGAUUUGAAUCUUGAAUUUAUAAAUUGAUUAUAUUAAUAAAAUUUGAACAUCUUGAAAGAUUCUUAA